AUGGAAACCGAGCAGCUCGAGCAGAACCUUGAUAUGGCCAUUUUCUCCCAACUACUAGAGAUGGACCACGAAGAAGAUCGGCUGACCAGCUCGAUCGCAUUUUAUACGUUUAUCGAACGGGCAAACAAUACUAUUGACGAUAUGGAACAUGCUCUACGAAUGGCGGACCCACCCACGGGGGCUCCCGAGCCCCUUGCCACCACAACCACGCGAAGAGGCACAGGGAUCGUCGUAACAGAAAACCUUGCACCAACGACCACGGUCCGGACCAGGAGACAUGCACGAGUGGAAAGCGAGCAGACCCACGCGGCCCCGGAACCCGUGGAACUGACCAAUACCGGAACCAGCACUGGACGAGUGACAACCAGAGAGAUUUGGCAGAUUAUCGUACACCUGCAACACACCAUCGAGGAGCAAACCACGCUCAUUCGCGCCACCGGGACCGAACUGAGAGAAGUGAAAGAUAACCAGAACGAGCUCCAAACUCAGAAUGAGAAGCUACAGGAAGAGAUUGCAGCGCUACGGUCGCAGGUAAAGGAGAGGAACGCUCCAACCCCGACACGAUCAUGGGCGGCCGUUGCGGCCAGCACGGACAAUCCGCAACCCCGGGAGACCCGGCGACAAACUGACAAAGACAAGAACUGCAUCCGAAUCAGCACCCAGCGAUCUGUCACUGAAGCGUUGGGCGCAGAUAAUAACGGAGACGCGUUCGGCCGCUACCUCCCCACCCCGGCUGCGAACGCCCACAUCAGGACGGCACUGUCGAAGACGCUAUCCACCCAGGACGCACAGGUUGCGGGGAUUGGUACUACCAAAACCGGAUAUGUGAUCCGAUUCAAAAACCAAGCAUCGGCCGAAACGGCCCGCACCAACACCGAGUGGCUGACCGAGCUGGGCAACGACACUAGACUGGUGAAGCCACGUUUCGGAGUCGCCGUUCACCAUAUCCCGACCUUUGGGUUGGACCUCGAAAACAGGAAAACCGAAGCCAUUGAAAAGAUCGCAAAUGAGAACGAUCUCACCGACCGCGGAUUUCGAAUCGAAGACAUAGCCUGGCUGAAGAAAAGAGACAAAGAACUGGGAACGUUCGCCUCAAUAGGCAUCUGGUUCGACUCACUAGAGGCAGCAGAAUGGAUGCUGGACAAUGGCCUGUUGAUUGAUCAACGAAAGAUGUCCCCCGGGCAUCAGAGCGCGCUGCUUGGAAUGCAGCGGGGAACAUCCGACUGGAGACUUGCUAUGCCCGACGCCAGCCACGGCACCCCCAUCGCAAUGUUAGACAACAACCUCAGAAUUCUACAACUAAACACCAUGAAAUCGAGGGCGGGCAUGGAAGCUCUCAUCAACGACCAUCAGAGCCAGAAACUAGACGUGCUCCUUAUCCAAGAACCGUCGAUCACUGCCUACCGAACACACGUGAACCACAGCGCGUGGCGACUCUAUCAACCCACAGUAGAAAGCGAUUCGGUUCGAUACCGAAGCCUUAUCUACGUCAAUCGCAAACUCUCAACCUCCUCUCACCGACAAGUGAGAUGCAAUCACCCGGAUCUGACGGCGAUCAAAGUCUGGACGGCCGACUCCCAAAUCCUGAUCUUCUCAGUCUACAUUCCGCCCGUACCGAUGCACACGCCUGAUGGAGCAUCGGCGGAGGCGACCUUAUCGGCAAUCCACGACACUAUUCAAAACGUCACACGAGACGACAGCAGAACCUUUAGCCUUAUUUUGGCCGGAGAUUUCAAUCGCCACCACCCAGCGUGGGGGAGCAACCACAUUCAACCUCGAUUUAUCGAGGACGCUGGGGAACUGAUCAAUUUCUUUCAUGAUUAUGGCCUUCAGAGCUGCCUCCCUCGGGGAACCGCGACCUUCUGGUCGUUAAGCCACCCGGGGAGAAGUUCCACGAUCGACCAGACAGUGACAAACAGACCGGACCUACUCUUCAAAUGCCACCUCUACCACGACAACUAUGGUUCAGAUCACCGAGGCACUUAUUCAGAAUGGUACCUCCAAGCGCGACGCAACCCCACCAGCAAGACGAGAAAGGCGUACGACCGAGCGGACUGGGAGAAGAUUGGAAAGGAGAUCCAGGAACUUUUCGAGCAACCCGGGGAGCUAGACUCAGCCGAGGCGCUGGACACAGUCGUAGAGAGACUUACAAGCACGACAGCGAAUGCAGUCGACAAGCACACACCCGAUAUGAGACCUUCCCCGUACUCCAAACGGUGGUUCACUGCCGACCUUAAAGCCCAACAGAAAGAUGUGAACCGCCUACGACGCAAGUGGCAAGAGAGCUGCGCUGAGAUCGGACGAGCCGACACCCGCACCAUGGCCAUGUUCGAAGACAUGCGCCAGGCACGGCGGGCAUGGACUCGGACCAUUGAGAAGGCUAAGACAUCCCAUUGGAAACAGUUCCUAGACGAAGCAGGAGAAGGGAAAUUAUGGAAGGCAGCGACUUACAUGAAACCACGAGACUCCUGGGGCUGUAUUCCCGCCCUCAAGGUUGGCGAUGUGGAGCUAGUUGACAACGUGGAGAAAGCUCAGGCGUUCAUGGACUCGUUUUUCCCAUCUAUGGCGUCUGCGCAAGAGGAAGCACCCGCCCACGCCCCAACCGAGAUCCGGUGGCAUCCAAUCUCCGAGAUUGAAAUCUAUCGAUCUCUCAGGGCUGCCAAAGGCACAACAGCACCAGGCGAGGACGGUCUACCCACGUUGAUCUGGAAACGUCUCUGGAAAUAUCUCGGAAAUAUCAUCACAAGGAUUUUCACGUCAUCGAUUGAACUAGGAUACCACCCACGGCGAUGGAGAAGCGCGCGAAUCAUAGUCCUGCGGAAGCCCGGGAAAGCAGACUACUCGCUACCUGGAGCUUACCGCCCGAUCUCGCUACUCAACACACUCGGCAAGUUAUUGGAAGCGGUGAUGGCCCGGCGGCUGUCCUUCUUCGCGGAGCACUACGGUCUUCUACCGGAUACUCAGUUCGGAGGACGUCCGGGACGAACAACCGAGCAAGCCCUCCUAAUGCUUGCUAACGCAAUCGACCGGGCGUGGUACAGACAGAAGGUCGUCUCACUGGUGGCCUUUGACCUAAAGGGAGCCUUCAAUGGGGUGAACAAGACAAGCCUGGACGUCCGCCUCCAGUCCAAGGGUAUCCCAUCGGUGGCCCGGAAGUGGAUUGCGAGCUUCAUGAGUGGGCGCCAGGCGAGCAUUGGGUUCGACGACUACCAGACCGAGGUGGCGUCGCUAGACAAGGCCGGGCUCGCGCAAGGCUCUCCACUCUCACCUAUCCUCUUUGCGUUCUUCAACUGCGACCUGGUCGACCAGCCGGUCGAUUUUCACGGUGGGGCAUCUGCCUUCAUCGAUGACUACUUCCGCUGGCGAGUUGGCUGGAGCGCUGAAGAGAACCUGGCCAAAAUCCAGUCCGAAGACAUACCCCGGAUCGAAGCCUGGGCCCGGCGAACUGGGUCCUGCUUCGCCGCAGAGAAGACCGAACUCAUUCACAUUACUCGCAAGAGGAAAGAACAGAGCCAGGGCCAGCUUGUUAUGAAUGGCAAUACCAUCAAACCAUCUACGACCGCCAAACUCCUAGGUGUAAUCUUCGACCAUGAGCUACGGUGGAAGGAACACGUACAACAAGCCGUCAAACGAGCCACCAAGGUCAACAUCGCGCUUGGGGGCUUGCGACAACUCCGUCCAGAGCAAAUGCGACAGCUUUACGAAGCGUGCGUCACACCAGUUGUCGACUACGCAUCGACCGUCUGGCAUGAUCCGCUUCGAGACAAGACCCAUCUACGACACCUCCGCACCGUACAACGAGCGGCGCUCAUCCGCGUCCUAUCUGCAUUUCGAACGGUGGCAACAACCACACUUGACGUAGAGGCACAUGUACUACCAACGCACCUUCGUCUGCGCUACCGUGCACAGAAUACCAUCACUAGACUGCAUACCCUACCCCAAAAACAUCCCAUAUGGAACGCCCUGAAUCGAGCCCAGAGAAGACGUAACAAUCGUGGAUCGUUCGCCCGGUUCCCGCUAUCAGAAGCCUUGAAAACCAUGAACUUGGAGAGACUACAGGAAAUCGAAAUGAUUGAUCCAACCCCACUACCACCUUGGCGAAAAGAAGCCUUCUCGGAAAUCGAGAUUGAAUCAGACAGGGAGAUCGCGAUAGAAAGGGCCGAGGCGGCACGGUCAACCGCGGACAUCGUGGUGUACUCGGAUGCCUCGGGAAGAGAAGGCCAUCUAGGUGCCGCAGUGGCCGCGCUGAAUGACUCACUAGAAACAAUCGACAGCAUACAAGUGCAGGUUGGACCCAUGGAUCGGUGGUCGGUACAUGCCGCCGAGCUGAUUGGGGUCCUGUACGCUAUCAACAUCAUCAACAAGGUCGCUCUCCGACACUGGAGAACAUCCCACUCGCGGGUGGGAUCUGCCACUAUCCUUAGUGACAGCAAGUCGGCCCUGCAAGCAAUCCAGAAUCCCGGGAACAAGUCGGGACAACAGAUCAUCCAUGCCAUUCUACAAGCAGCCAGGAACACCAAGACCCACGGCACGUCGAUACGACUACAGUGGACACCCGGACACUGCGAAGUGCCAGGGAACGACGCUGCCGAUUUACUGGCCAAGGAGGCAGCUGUGCCGGGCAAAACUCACCCGUUUUGCUGUUUGCUAUCACGCGAGAGAGCACACAUUAGGCAAGGGAUCCACGCCCAAUGGAAGAACGAAUGGAACGGCUCGAGCACCGGCGCACAUCUGCGUCAGAUCGACGACACACUACCGGCCAAGUACACCAGACGGCUCUACGGCUCCCUGCCUAGAAAUCGAGCGUACUUAUUCACGCAGUUGCGAACCGGACACUGCUGGUUGUCAACAUACGCAAAGACUUUCCGAUUUCGAGACGACGAUAUGUGCGUCUGUGGUGAACGGGAAAGCGUUCACCACGUGUUGUUAGAUUGCCCACGAUUGAGAGAACUGAGGAGAGAGCUGCGAAUUAAGGUUGGCGAUGCUUUCAACAGCAUAUCGACACUGUUGGGUGGACCAGGAGAAGAAGGAAGAGGUAAGAUUGACAGUGCAUCACGAACCAAGACAGUGGAGGCUGUCUUGGAUUUUGCUGAAGCAUCGCAACGGUUUCAAAGCCGCGCGCCAUAA